AUGGAGCACUCGUCUGCCUUCGAUGCGGUCAUGGCAGACAACGCGGGGAUCACCCCCUCGUUCAGUGACCUUCUCGGUGACGGGUCUCCCGUCGCCAAAAAGGCGUGCAAGGCCGCAUCCUCCUCGACCUCUAAGCUUCCGGCCGCUCCUCCUCGGUCGGCUCCUGCUGUAAAUACGGAGGUUUCCUCCGCUCCUUCCCUUGGGGUUCCUAGCAAACGCUUCCGCCGGUUGUGUGCGCAGCGUGAUUCGGUCGGUGAGACUGUGACUGACGUUGUUCGCGAUUUUGCUUCCCUUGUCGCCGUCAUUUUCCCCGAUCACCUCGCUGACCACCGCAAGGACAUUGUCAACUGCAUCAAGAAAGGCCUUCGACGUGCUGACUUCAAAAACUGGCAGAUCCCCACCUUCAAGUCAAUGGCAGGUGAUAACCUGAAGUUCGGGAAGCGUAUCUACUCUCGUCAGAUCCUGCAGUUCCCUAACAAGGAAGCUGCGGACGAUUUCCGCUCCCGCCCCCCGAUGUUCUUCUCUCCGCCGAACGGCCCCCCGGUCGAACUAAAGGUUUACAUCGACCCGGCUCCCGAGUUCACCGCGGCCAAGGCGCGUGGGGAGACGCACAUCGUUCUGCGCAACAUCCCGCUGGGUCUCUCCGAGGAGACGCUCUUCUCGAUCAUGAUGAAAGGAAAAAACCGCGAAGGGCAGAAAUGGAUCGCUGACCUCAAGCAUUUUCAUUCGGCGUCUGACCCGUAUGAGGAGAUGUUUCAGCUACAGAUGCACGGCAUCGCCACUCCUAUGCCUGGCGACGCGUCCUUCAGCGUUACCCCGCCGCUCAUCUGGAUCCCUGAUGUGGGAGAGCCGGUUCUGGUGAACCUCUCCUGCCAUUCCUGCAGCCUCUGCUCUAGCAACCAUCGCACUGAGGAUCACCACGUGUUUCCGACCCUGCGCCCCAAAGCACUUGGUCACUCCCCCGCCGUCAACAAAUUCAAACAGGACCUCGGCCUCCUGUUCAUCGGUCUCGACAGCGACGUCGAGGCCUGGACCUGCUGUGCGUGCGUUUUCACAUGUGGUUGGACCAUCGACACGGCGCUCGCCCACUGCGAUGCGCUGCAGCAUCUCCGCCGCCUGCAGGCGUCUGGCGUUCUCCUGAAGGAGGAAUAUGGAGACAUGAAAGCUCACAUGUUCCUGAAGAACGAGCACCUCGUGAAGUUCAUGGCAGAGGAGUGA